AUCGAAAGUCACCAGCUGUGGCAAUUUUUGGUUUUCGUCUGAUCCUGAUCUGAUCGAUGCACAAAAGAGGAUCCAAAUCGGUCUUCCUCGGUCGCGUUAAUGGUCCAUCGUCCACUAGUUUGCUCGGUUUUUGGUGUAAUUACGGUGUGUAGGUGAAUUCCGCAAACUCUUAGUGAGUGAAUUAUGUGUUAACUCUGGCAAGAUUGUUACCGUUUAUGGUUGUUCUCUCGGCAGGUAGACGAGAAGAAGAAAUCAUCGCAGUGAGGACCUACCCGUGUCGUGCACACCAAUACUUGAAAAGCGACACCGCCAUAGCAGUGGCAAAAAAAUAUCAAGGGGGUCAUUUGCUAGGGCAACCCUGGUAAACCUAAAAUCGACGUUAACGUGCAUUUGCAAACAUACACCAGAACGACGGGAUGUACCGCGAAGAAAUAGCGUAGUUCGGCAGUGUAUUGGUGCGAUUCGGUCUAUCGCGGUUGAUACGUAGUGGUUACACCGACCGAUAGUGUGAGGUGAUGAUAGAAGCAUAACCCUCUGAAAUCGCAUCGAGCGUCGAGUCUGUGCAGUUGGGUUUGUGUUAGUGCGUGUAUGUGUGCGGGCUGAAUAUUUACAACAGGAAGAAAAUAGCCAUCUUUCCAUCGGUGGUGCGUACGUAGUAGUUCAUGAAAGAUCUGACGACGUGAGCCGUUCCGUCGGGUUUGGGGCGCUUCGUGGCUGUGUUUGAAUAAUGAUGGUAGUGCCGUUUCGAUGAAAUAUAGUGAGCCUUCAUUCAGUGGAUAAGCAGUAGCAGAACCAAACGCAUCUCGUGAACGUUGCGAAUAAAAAGUAAUACUCGCGUCCUCGAGGAAGAGUAAAAAUAUCGGUGUUUCUGUGUACACGAAACCAGCUCGAUCUGUUGGAUUUGCAAUAUCGCUAACUUCGUCGGAUUGCGAUCGUGCAAUUUAUGUCCGACGGACAACAAUGAAUCCCCGGAAAUUGAUGGCGGAACUGAAUUAGUAAAACAAACAAAUAAUACUAGUUUUAGUGAUGAUUACUAAAAAGUGCUGAUAAGUGAGAAAUAUGUUGGGAUCCUUCAGCGGAAGAGAGUCAAACAAUCAACAGUGAAAUAGUACUAGUACUACUUUUGCCACCAUCCGGAAAAUAGUCGUUGCUCAACAGGAAGGGAAAACGGCUCGUGGAGUAGUUUGCUGUGCCGACGAAGCGAAGAAAUUGUUCCAUGAAUGUACGUGCGUGUGUGAUUUCGUGUGUACCAUAAUAGAUAAUAAAGGGUAAAAAUAAGUGAGAGCUGCUGCAGCCAAAUUUAUAGUGAAGGAAAAUAUUUCAAAUAUUAAGUGUUAUCAACAUGUAUGCUAAAGGGAAGGCGACAACGGUGCCGUCGGAUGCACAAGCUAGAGAAAAAAUUGCACUAUACGUAUAUGAAUAUUUAUUACACGUAGGGGCGUCGAAAGCAGCACAAACGUUCUUAUCGGAGAUACGGUGGGAAAAGAAUAUCACACUAGGUGAACCUCCGGGCUUCCUGCACUCGUGGUGGUGCGUAUUUUGGGAUCUCUACUGCGCGGCACCGGAACGACGGGACACCUGCGAACAUUCAUCCGAAGCCAAAGCAUUUCAUGAUUACGGUUUCGUGAGUUCGGGCUACGGAGUGAACGGAAUAGCACACAAUGCCGGUCCAGCACCGAGUCCGCUGGGACAGUUACCACCAAACGAGGGCAUGCCCGGCGGCCCGAUGGCACCAACCGGUUUCUUUCCGAACUCCUCCAUUAGGCCAUCACAACCUUCACACCCCAGUAGUGGGCAGUCCCCACACCCACAACCACCAAACUCGCACGGACAGAUGAUGAGCGGCCAGCCCUUCAUGGGAGGUCCCCGGUAUCCUCCAGGGCCCCGUCCUGGUGUCCGAAUGCCACAAGGAAUUGGAAACGAUUUCAAUGGUCCUCCCGGACAACCAAUGAUGCCAAAUAGUAUGGAUCCCACGCGGCAAGGUGAAGCUGGAGACUUUGUAGCAUGGCAAGGCCCUCCAGGUAUGGGUCCGAUGAAUCCUAGAAUGAAUCCACCUCGCGGUCCCGGAAUGGGCCCAAUGGGAGCCGGCACGUACGGGCCGGGGAUGCGCGGACCACCGCCCAACAGCAGUCUAGGCCCGGGCGGUAUGCCUCCGAUGGCAAUGGCCGGCGGACGGCCGCAGUGGCAACCGAACACGUCAUCGCCCAUGAACUAUUCAUCCUCGUCACCUGGCAAUUACGGUGGUCCACCCGGACCGAGCGGACCGCCCGGACCCGGAACGCCCAUCAUGCCAUCACCUCAAGAUUCAUCUAACUCCGGCGGCGAAAAUAUGUACACACCAAUGAAAGCUGAAUUCCCAAUGGUCGGCGGUUCGGACGGUGGUGGUCCGAUGGGUGGCCCAAUGGGACCGAACGCCAUGGGCGGACCGGUACUUAACAACGACGGUCUGGACGGAAUGAAGAAUAGCCCGGCGAAUGGCCCCGGAACGCCACGGGAAGACUCGGGUAGUGGAAUGGGCGACUACAACCUUGGUGGCUUCGGUGGACCCGGAGAGAAUGAUCAGACCGAGUCGGCCGCUAUACUCAAAAUCAAGGAAAGCAUGCAGGAAGAGGCGAAACGCUUCGAGAAAGAUUCCGACCAACCCGAUUACUACAUGCAAUAACAUCCUCCUCCUAGCGUUUCUACUACUGCUAUUACUUCUACUACAGCAGCGAAUACUACUACUACAACUACUACUGCAACAAGUACUACUUCUUCUGUUGUCGAGUAUCCUGUUGCUGAGCUCGAUUAUUUUACCAAUACGACUAUUGCCGCCACUGUUGCAACUACCACCACAACCAAAAGCAACUGAAUUUCCUUUUUCACCAAUGAAAGCAAACUCACACACUCACAAAACACGGUCACUCCAGAUUACUCUACUAUCUACUUUAUCUAAGUUUACACUUUCUGAAGUCAUCCCAUAAAAGCUUCACCUGAGAAAUCCCCUAGAAAGAUAAUAACUUCGCUUAAAUUGAUGAGCUGUAUCAGUGGCCACCAAAAAAGAAGAAUCAGAACGUUAUCUCGAAACGCAACCGGUGAUCGAACGGGGAUGCAACACCCCUAUCUGCCGUACCCCUCGCAAACGAUAAAUUCAUUUCGUUAUAUUUCUCUAUGUCCCCACGUUCCUCCUUACUUCCGUUGCUCAAAUGAGUCAAAAACAGAAAGAACUAAAUGCAAUGGAAAGUGUUAAAGUAUUGUGAGAAAUUGAUAAGUUAAAGCAAAAUAAAAUACAAAACACAAAAACACAUCUUAUAGGAUAAUUUUACCACUACCAUUACGAUUCAACUUGGAGGAAAGGAAAGUGAGAAAGUGAUCCGAGCGAAUGGAAUGCAACCACUUAUACACAUACAGUUAUUUAAGAACAUCAACACACACAGGUCUACUAAAAUCUGAAAGAAAAAAUGGCAUGGUAAACGAAACAGAAGUGGACAGAUAAGUAAUACAUCUGUGUUAGAAUUUAUUAAUUUUUUUCUCGAGCAGACGUGCAAACAACACAAAAAACCUGAAAAAUAGUGGAAAAUAAUCAUUUUUGUGAAACACA